AUGACUUUCUUUAAAAAGCAAGAACGAGCUAGUAGCCCAGUCGACGAAAAGGCAUACCAGGAAAGCUCGACUAGUCGAGCGGAUGACAAUACAUCUGAGCCAACACAAGCUGGUAUCAAGCUUGAGCAAGAAUUGGUUGAAAUACCUGAGGCACCACCGCGAGAGAUAAUUGGCUGGAAGUGGUAUUUGACACUGACCUCUAUUCUCGCUUCUACCUUCUUGUAUGCUCUUUAUGCAACGGUGAUAGCUGAUGUACAACCUAUCAUUGUACAAGAUCUUGGAGGUAUCAAAAAGAUGCCCUGGUUAAGUGUUGCCUUUCUACUUAGUGCGACAGCCACAAAUCUGGCUUGGGGGCGUAUGUAUGGCUAUCUCACUGCUAAGUGGUUCUUCAUCUUUCAUGUAACUGUUUUUGAAAUUGGCUCAGCCAUAUGUGGUGCGGCUCUAUCUAUCAAUGUGAUGAUUCUCGGGCGUGUGAUCGCUGGAGUAGGUGGCUCAGGGCUCUAUGUUGGCUGCAUGACCCUUAUUGCCACUACCUCAAAACCCAAGUUUUGGGCGCCAUUGUCGAAGCUAUCGAUAAAACGUACAUUCUUGUCAUUACUGGCGGAGCACUUGUAUCUAUUUCGAGCUUACUAA